GAGAACAAUGACUGAAAGUCUCCAUUCCUGACAAGAUGAGGCAGGAGAGUUAAUGAAAGGAUGACUCCGUGUGAAAGGGACGCCAGGUCCGAGCAGGGAUGGGAACCCAUAAAAAUCCUGUAGGAGGGAAUGAGGCGAGACGCUGCUCAGCUGCAGCUCUCCUCGGAUGACGGCGCUACAGGAUCCAGCAGAGCUGUGCUUCCCACAGCUCCUCAACGCCUCCUGCAGGAAACCGGACGUCUCCUGGGCUGAAGCUGUGUUUGUGCACUUUGUGUUGCCGCCGCUGUCUGUCCUCGCUGUGACCCUCAAUCUGCUCGCCAUUGUCUCCGUCUCCUACUUCAGGCAGACUCCACACUCCACCAACCUGCUGCUCCUCUCUCUGGCCGUCGCUGACUUCCUGGUGGGUUUUGUGCUCAUGCCAGGCUACAUCUACCUAAGAACCUCCUGCUGGUUCCUUGGUGGCCUUGUGUGUUCUCUGUACAUGUGUGUUACCAUUGUCUCUGCGUGUUCCUCCUUUGGUAACAUGGUUCUGAUCUCAGCUGAUCGCUUCGCAGCCAUCUGUGACCCUCUGCAUUAUCACAGCAGAGUCACGGUGGGAAAAGUGAGACUCUGCAUCUUCCUCUGUUGGUUCUGUUGUACUCUUUACAGCAACCUUUUGAUAAACAGUCCAAUGUUUCAAUCAGACGACUCCCCGUCCUGUCAUGGGACAUGUGUGUUUUUUAUUAACAACAUUGGAGUCGUUGUUGGCCUUAUUGUAAACUUCAUUCUUCCAGUCUCCGCCAUCGUGGUUCUGUACAUGCGAGUGUUCGUGGUGGCCGUGUCUCAGGCCCGGUCCAUGCGCUCUCACGUCACAGCCGUCACUCUGCACAGAUCAGUGGGGAGGUCUAAGCUCAAAGCAGCCAGGGCUCUGGGGGUUGUAAUAGUUGUGUUUCUAAUGUGUUUCUGCCCAUAUUACUGUGUGUCUCUGGCAGGACCAAACCUAAUCAUGUCUUCAUUGGGGGUCUUUGCAGUCAGUCUUUUGUUUUUAAACCCGUGUGUGAACCCUGUGAUCUACGCUUUGUUGUACUCCUGGUUCAGACGAGCUGUUAAACUCAUCGUCACUCUGCAGAUUCUGCAGCCUGGCUCCCGUGAGACUAACGUGCUGUGGAGAGGCCAUGAGAGCCUGAAGACGGGCGUCAUGGAAGAACUAAUGAAUGACAGCAAAAGGAUUUUCUGUUUCAUCAAUGCCCUCAACAUUAUAUCAAUUCCCCUGUUUUGCUGUUCAAUAGAUUCACAACAUUGUUCUUUUGUCCUGCAAUAAGCUGCAGGUCACCUUUAGACCUUGUAACUUAUAUAAAACAACUGUGUGUAUUACUGUUGUUUUACUCUGUGCAUAGAUGAACAUCUUAACACACAGUCAUAACACUUAAAUAACCUAACAGUUGUGUGACACAGUU